GUGUGUGAGUCGUGAGCCAGCCAGUGAGCGUGUGCGCCGUAGGAAUCCGUGCGACCGGCUCUUGAGGCGUUUAAAUCAGAGACGCCGCAGACUGACUGGGUGCAGGCAGCCCGCCACCCCACCACCGCCGAGACCGACGCUCCCUCUCCCGGACUGACAGGCCAAUCGCAGGCCACCGCUCGACCUCCCUCCAUCCACACCGCGCUCUCUCUCUCUCUCUUACACACACUCCCUCCUCCUCCUCCUCUUCUUUCUCUCUCUCUCUCUCUCUCUCUCUCUCUCUCUCUCUCACUCUGGUUUUCAUUCCUUUGCGUUCAAUCCGUGCAUCCCCUCCUCCUCGUCCUCCUCCUCCUCCUCCUCCACCUCCUCCUCCUCCUCCUCACACCUUUUGGUCAGAAGAGGAAGAGGAAGCCCAGCCCAGGGAGAGACGCUGAGAGGAUGAAACUCUGACACGCCGACAGACCACAGGGAAACAAGAGCACAACUAUAAUUGCUAGAAGGCAGCGCGCAGGAAGGUCAGCCAAGAAUCCCGCCGUAGGUGCCAAAGUGAAAUCUACAGGACUACAAUUACUUGGACAGACUGAGGCGGCAGAGCAAAGUGAAUGACAGGAAGUGGUUGUCACAGUGUGGCGGAGACACCGGACUUCACUCGGCAUCAGCUGCAGGUUAUUCCUCCUCUUCCCAACAUCCCGGCCUGACAGGUUGUAUCUGACGGAGGGACCGGUGCCGCGCUCCCAUCCCUGCGCUCCUUCAACAACAACACUGUUCAGCAGCACCUGUGGCAGCAGCAGCCAGUCGAGUGACCCAGCUUCAGCCCGACCGGCUUUACCUGUACAUGGAGACCCCCAGCUGGGCAGGAAACACGUUGUGUAAGUCAGGAAACAUUGCCGUCUUCGGGAACGUGGUAUACGGCGGACUGCUGAACGAUCACCUCUGGCAUUUGGGAGUGCCCCUCUUUACAAGACUGAGCGAAAGAAGAAGAAGGAGGGGAGACCUCAAGUCAAGCCCUUUUGAACAGUUGAGAGGGAGGGCUGCCUCAGUGGAACAGGGAGCAGUAAAGCUCAGUCCAAACGCUCGGACUCCUCCUGACACACUGGCUGGACCGGUCCCACCGCUCGGCCCUGCUCUCCUCCGCCCGCCCGCCCACACCUGUCCUGCUUCUGCCAUGAUGAUGUACUUUUGGGGUAACCAAGAGGCCACUAAUCCCCCAGAAGCGAUGGCCCAGCCGUACACCCCAGCCCAGUACCCUCCCCCCCCACAGAAUGGCAUCCCUGCAGAGUUUGCGGCACCGCACCCGCUCCCAACGCAGGACUACAGCGGGCAGAGUCGGGUCCCUGAGCACGCCAUGACCCUCUACACGCCCACACAGACGCACAGCGACCCGGCCGGCACUGACAACAGCACGCCCGCCAUCACCGCCGCCACGACCGCACCGGUCAGUGUCCUUCAUCAUCUGCAAACACUGUUCUCAACACGCUGUCAGCAAGCAGAUGAUGUGACGCAAACAGAGGGCUCUCAGCAGCUCCAGCUCCAGCACUCAGACUCUUCCGAGAAGCAGCAGCCCAAAAGGUUACAUGUCUCCAACAUUCCCUUCCGCUUCCGGGACCCUGACCUAAGGCAAAUGUUUGGGCAAUUUGGAAAGAUUUUAGAUGUGGAGAUUAUCUUUAAUGAGCGAGGAUCCAAGGGCUUUGGGUUUGUAACUUUUGAAACGAGCACAGAUGCUGAUCGUGCACGGGAGAAACUAAACGGUACAAUCGUAGAGGGACGCAAAAUAGAGGUGAACAAUGCAACGGCACGAGUGAUGACAAACAAAAAGGUGGCCAACCCUUACACGAACGGCUGGAAGCUGAACCCAGUGGUGGGAGCCGUCUACGGUCCUGAGCUGUACGCCGUAGCAGGGUUUCCCUACCCUGCCACAGGGGCUACGGUGGCCUAUAGGGGUGCCCACUUGCGAGGUCGGGGGCGGGCUGUGUACAACACGUUCCGCACAGCUCCACCACCACCACCUAUCCCAGCUUACGGAGCGGUGGUGUACCAAGAUGGCUUCUACGGUGCAGAGAUCUAUGGUGGCUAUGCAGCAUACAGAUUUGCCCAGCCCACCACCACCGCUGCGUACAGUGACAGCUAUGGCAGAGUCUAUGCAACAGCAGACCCCUACCACCACACGAUUGGCCCUGCAGCCACAUACAGUGUGGGGACUAUGUAAAUACAAAAGGAAGAGCUGUACUCAGUAUUGAUGGACAUCACAGAUGAAAACAACGAAGAGAGGAGAACUAGCUUUAAGAAAAUAACACAAGAAGAAGAAGAAGACGAGAAGGAGUCCCUCUACUGAGGCUGGCGAAGGAAGACGGGAGGCGUACAAAGUGGCGCCGCGGCAGCGGUGUCAAACCAGCCACAAACUUGACAGACGGCGUGAGCCAGUUUCCACCGGGGACCACCUUUUUUGCCGGAUAGAAAAGACAGAGAGAGAAUGAAAAGUGUCCCGUUAUUAUAAAACAUUUUAUUUUUCUAUACUUUUGUGAUUUACAAUGGUAACAAGUGUGUAUAAAGCAGUAUAUAUGUACAAAUCUGUUUUUAUGUUUUUUGGUAAGGGAGAUGAACAGUUGGCCCUUGAUGCUGAUUCUGUGGUAUGCAGGAAGGAGGAGGGAGGAGCCCCCCCUCCUCUCUCCAUGGCACACUGCUCUGUCGCAGAGGUCGUGUAAACAAAAACAGAAACAGAAAGGUGGCAGGGAGAGCUCAGCAUCCAGGCAGAAGCACUUUCUACGCUGUACUUCCUGUGGGUGGAGACAAAGGUCAGCCUCCUGGUCUCACUGCUCCGCCCUCUUCCUUCCAACCUCCCCGACCUCCUUCCUGACUUCCUGACUUCCUUUUUCGGGCUGGUGAUGUCGCUCCUUCCUCCUUGUUGUCGGUGUCACUGGCCGGCAGCGCCUACUGUUAGCAGCGUCCCCCGUGGAUACUGUCGUGAUGUCACUUUCUCCUGGCAGCACCAUUGGGCAUCCCCGCCCUCCCCAAUGGGCAGCGUCACUGGUUUACAGCGUUGGGGAGUGGGGGGGUGAGCCACGGCGGGACGGUGAGACGGUAUAAAGCCGAGCCUCCCCGGUCUGCCCCUCUCCACGCCCCAGCAGAGGUCAAUGACUGAGGACUAGUUAGAGAAAAUGGCGCAGAAGUCGCCGACUUUACUCACCUGCCAGACUCCGAGCCCGAGCCUUUGUGUCACUCUGCACCGACGGACAAACUAUCAGACCAACGAUGAAAAGGUGCGUACAACCAAGGAUGCACGCUUCCACCCGACGAGAAUAACUCCUCGACGUCCAUGUAACAAAUUGAAUUAUAAUCCCAUUGUGCUACUUCAGCAGGUGCAUAACCAAAACACAAGCCUGAGGCAUAUAGACGAUGUCGCUAGAUAAAACAUUAUAGGAAUACAGUAGUGCCCAUCCGACGGUAACGAGGAGCGAGGGCUGAAAUAUGUCAAAACAUUUGUCAAUGUAUUCUGAGAAUAUUUAUUUGUGUGUUUUUUAUUUUUUGUUUUUUGCAGCACUGAAAACUUUUAAAGAGGAAAAAAGUUUUAAUUUUGGUGGAAGCGAAAGCUUAAUUCUUUAUAUCAGAACAGUCACUGUAAACGUGUUUAAACAAGAAUGUUGGUUCAGUUCUUUGAAUGUACAUUAAUGUCUAGGGUGUCCAAUAAGUAUGUAUUCUUUUUCUGUAUAUAAAUAUAUAUACAUAUCUAUUAUAUGGGCUGUGGUGGUGUCAGGGAGUAGAGGGGGGGGUGGGCAGGAAAGCCUCGGGCCCCCGAACAUAGAUAUCAGACCCCCUCCAACUAAAUAUGUCCCUGAUAUUUACUGUAACAUGUGAUCAUGUGUUAUAUGAUUGAAAGUGUGAUGGUGAUAGUGUGAACUGAUCUCCCCUGAAACCCCCCUUUACCACACACACACACACACACACACACACACACACACACACACACACACACACUGUGCAGAGACUCAUAGAUUUACAAUAAUGCAGAUUUACACACGAUACAUGUACUCCCCAUCUAAUGCAAAGCAUCACAUCCUUCUUUAACCAGACAGACACUUCAGGAAAAGAAUCCCAUCUGCAGUAGUUCCAGCCUCUCCAUUGGAGCUGGGAAGACUUGCUAAUUAGUGCAAGGUGUUGUGGGUGUCAGAUAAAAAGUUUAUGAAUAUUGAUCUUUUCUUACUUGAACCAAAGUAUGAUUUGAACACAGUGUCAGCGCUCUUUGAUCAGGAGACAGCGAGACUCUGUGAUGACAGCGGAGCCCGGAUGUGUAUUGACGUGACCCAGAUUUCACUCGCUCAACAGCGCUGAGGAAGAGCUCGCUCUUCUGCUAAUAUAAGGAGCCCAGCUGAUGAAGCUUCCCGCAGCAGCCUCGGUUUAUGAACUGCUGUUCUCAUGCUGACCCUGGCGGGCGGGCGCUUUUAUUGCAUAUUGGAAAUAACCUGCUGGCCCUGAAAAGAAACGUCUUCUUUUGUUUUGUUGUUGUUUUAUCAGGAGGCGAGCAGGUUCGGGUGAAGCACAACUUUGUUUGAGAGUUCAGGGUACACUACUUAGCGAGUAGUGGUUUUGUGUGAAUUGUUUCAAGAAGGUAACACUAGGUUAAGCUCCUGACUUCCUGUACAAAACUACAGUGUGUACUGUUAAUAUCCUGUACAGUAAAUCUCACCUCACACUUCUCGAUUAACUUCAUCUUAUUUCAGGUUAAAGAAAAAAAAAACUUGUUCUGAAUCAGGGCUCCUACCCACGCGACCUCUGUUCAUCUGUAGACAGCUUCUCAUAUAUUACAAAGAGUAUCUAUAUCAUGGCAACUAACUGUUGUGAAGUCUAAUUGGGGUAAAGUCGGUCAUUUGUUCUCCCAUGCAGCGAUCACGUGCAGGCUUAGCAUUUUUAUACCUGUAGGUCUGUUUCUGAGAGUCACAUGAUUCAUAUGGCCUACUUACUGCGCUGCAGACUUGUGCUGGGUCAGACAAGACUCAGGAGCAGGCUGGAGCUUUACUUUGAAAAGGAACUUCCUGGGAGGCAAAAAUCAGCUUAAUGGGGGAGUGAACGGGCAGAGGUGAAGAAGCACAGCUUUUAUUUAGUUUUAGCUUAUUAACAUUCAGGUCACGUGAUCUGAUCUUGUCCACUGAAUGAUCUAUGCACUUUGCAACACAAACAGAUAUGAUGUCACAUGUGAAGACACCACUGUUACUUAUUCUAGUUAUCUAGGAGUACUAUUCUAUAUUUUCAUUGUCAGCAAAUCUCAUGAACAGACCAAAGCCAACAGUGUGUUGGUGCGUCUCUAAAUACUUUGACUUCCCGUCUCUGGCGCUCAGCUUCCAGCCUUAUAACCAAUAUAUCCUGUAAUGUCAAGAGCUCUUGUUGAGCCAGUGGACGAGAAAGCAGCUUGCUUCAAAGCGCUGAGGUGUCUGGGAAAUGUAGUCCGGCCACAUUAAAGCUGCAGUAGUAAAUAGUUUGGCCACUUGGGAACAGAAUAAGUCAAAAACGAGGAAAAAAAAAGAAGUUUUUUCACUGCAUUUCUGUAUAAAACAAAGAAAACUAUUAUUUUGUUAGCGUUACACAACUACAGCUCCCAUGAUGCUUUGCUCUCGGACUAAGCCUGAUGGGAGCUGCAGUUAAACACCGACAGAAUAAUCCGUUAAAAACACACCUGAGAUUUUAUUGCCUUAGACUUUUCUGUGGUUUUAUGACAAAGUGUAACUUGUUUCACAUCGUAUUUUAAUCUGUAAAAACAAUAUUUAUAGAAUAUUAGUGUAAUCAAACUAUUUAGUCUGGCUGGUCUUCCAUGUUAGUAUCCGUACUUACAUCAGUGGUCAGGUAUGGGGGGUUUACUUUGUUCACUACACUGUGCUGCUUCGUCUCUGCCUGUUGACACACGUUUAACUGAACUAGUGAGUUUAUUUCUGCGUCCAGAGAAGUUCUGCCUUUAUAAAAGUGUGAGUGUAAAGCUCCAGCCUGCGCCUCAGCGGGGGGGCGGCGUUACAGCGACACUCCCUCCCGAUGCCUUCAUUAUACCGACCUGGUCCUGAUCUUCCUGAGCACAACUGCUUGAGCUGUGACACUUGCAGGAUGUCCCCUCUGAGAGUCCCCCGCCCCCCGCCUCCCCCCUGACCCCGACAGACCUGCCCCAUGCGACACCCUCCUCCCACCAUACCUAGCCUUCUAGUAUGUGAGUCGACUGGCCCCUUUUGUAUUCCUGGUGUUCUGUACAUAAUAACCUUCACCCCCCCUUACCCCCCCACCUCCCCCCCAGCUGUCCUUUCAGGGGGAAAAAGAAAAAAAGAAAAAAACAACAUCCUCUGACCCCGAAAUCUUGUAUUUUGUUCUAAUAAUGACAAAAUUUAUUUAUAAGGAUUUUUUAAAAUCUAUCUCUUUCUCCUUUUUGUAAAUGUUCCAGUUAAAUAAAGUUUAAAAAUGUUAAAAAAUUAAAUGGAUAUAUUGAAAGGUUAAAAAAAAUGUCUCUAGAAGUCCCUGCCCCCUCCUCUGGCUCUGUACUCUGAACUUUGUGUUUUUGUUUUUUCUCUUUCUGUAUGCUUCUCUUUCUGUGCUUCAGAUGAAGAGUUCUAUUUAUUAUGACAUUAACGUUAUUAUAAUUAUGACUAAUUAUUAAUAUUAUCAUCAUUCUCAUCAUCCUCAUUAUUAUCAUUAAUAAACUUGUCUACUUCA